UCUGACCUUGGAUAUCAACAACUGCAUGAGGAGGAUUGCCAAACUGGUGCAGCAACUUCACUGCAUCAAAUGCCCCAGAACAUGUCGUUGACCAACACAAAGACGGGCUUUUCAGUAAAGGACAUUUUGGACCUCCCUGAUACUAACGAUGAAGAAGGAUCUAUCACCGGGACUGAGGAAGAUACGGAGGGUUCUGAGGCGACUAAAACGCCUGGAGUGCUAGUGCAAAGUCCUUUAGAGAAUGUUCAAAACCUGCCUUUAAAGAAUCCGUUUUAUGAUAAUAGCGACAAUCCUUAUACCAGAUGGCUCGCAACUACGGACAGCAUCCAGUACUCAUUACACGGCCUAUCCGCAAACUCUCAAGACUCGUCUGCAAAAUCUCCGGAACCUUCAGCGGACGAGUCGCCGGACAACGACAAGGAAACUUCGAGCAACGGCAGCGACUCCGGUAAGAAGCGCAAAAGGAGGGUGCUCUUUUCCAAGGCACAAACUUACGAACUCGAGCGCCGGUUUAGGCAACAGAGGUAUCUGUCAGCCCCGGAGAGGGAGCAUCUCGCCAGUUUGAUCCGCCUGACUCCAACCCAAGUGAAAAUCUGGUUCCAGAACCAUCGAUACAAAAUGAAGAGAGCCAGGGCGGAGAAAGGUAUGGAAGUGACCCAUCUCCCUUCUCCUAGGCGGGUGGCCGUGCCUGUGUUAGUCAGAGAUGGCAAGCCCUGCCAUACGCUAAAAGCUCAGGACUUGGCAGCUACUUUUCAGGCUGGAAUUCCGUUCUCCGCGUAUAGCGCCCAGUCUCUCCAGCACAUGCAAUAUAACGCGCAUUACAGCGCCGCCACCACACCACAGUUCCCACAUCACUUGGUGCAAACGCAACAGUGGACUUGGUGAACAAAUACUGACUUGCAAAUGCAGGGCUGCAUUUUAAAGACCGUGGUAGGGAGCUUUCCAAACAAAAAUACAAGACUUUUUAUUUUUGCAGCUUGACCCUUUCUCACCAAUUUAUUUUGGGGAUUGACGUGUGCGCCAUGUUUACAUGUUUUCGUUAAGAAAACCGGGUCAAGCCUCUCCCCAAAUUUAAGAAUGUUAAAGCUCUUGUGAAAUUUUGUAAAGUAUGUUUGUGUGUUGUAGAAAUGUUUUCCUUUUGUCCUUCGUGUUAUAAGCACGUGCAAAACCACUUUAUGAUUAUAGAAAAUUUUAUUUCUUUCUUUUACAAUGGACCGAAUAUAUUUAUGGCCAUGAAUAAACAUUGGCAAUCUUUAGCUUAUUACAUUGGUUUGUUUUCUAUGUAAAUAUUUUGUGAUAACUGUUUGCAAUAUUAUGUUUGACCGUUCAGUAAGCUAUAGCCUAAAUAUAUCCGAUAUUUAGGGAAAAUGGAACAUCAGUUGUCAAUAAAUACCCCUCAUGUUAAUUUCAGUAACACCGCGCGCUG